UUGUGCCACUCAACGAGAGUUAGGGGAGAGGACUGGAGUAUGAGGGGGCUGUAAGAUGGGAGAUAUGGCGCCUUUGGGAGCCGGAGGGGCUGGGCUGUCGCUUCUGGCGGGACCGCGCCUUUGUCUUCCCGGGACGCCGCCUUCUGCCAGCCAUGCGAAGCCCUCCCGGGGUCGUUUCCGGAAGGAAGGCCCGAGGGGGCGGUCCCCCAAAGCGGCCUGUCCACUGUAGCUGCCGGUCAGAAGCUAAGAGGACUAGGAGGAGUUGGGGCCCUUCCGGAGUGGGCUUCACCGGGCCGUUAGGCUUGUCGCCUGGCAACAAUAAGAGUUAUUUUGAUCCGGGCACGGUGGCUCACGCCUUGUAAUUCUAGCACUCUGGGAGGCCGAGGCGGGUGGAUCGCCUGAGCUCACAGGUUCGUUCGAGACCAGCCUGAACUAGAGCUAGAACUCGUCUCUAAAAAUAGCCGGGCGUUGUGGCGGACGCUGGUAGUUCCAGCUAAUUGGGAGGCUGAGGCAAGAGGAUCGCUUGAGCCCAAGCGUUUGAGGUUGCUGUGAGCUAUGACGCCACGGCAUUCUACCGAGGGCGACAAAGUGAGACUGUCUCAAAAAUAAUAAUGGUAAUAAAUAUUUUUUAAAAGUUAUUUUAAAAGGUACAUCAACUGGUCCUGACAAAGUGGUAUGUCCGCCCAGCCCUACUAUUACUUGUUAGUCCCAGUUUUCCACCUUCGAGAUUGGCGUCUGAUCCCUUUGCAAAGGGGUAGGGGGGGACUUAGGGUGACGUCGACUGAAUGAAGGCACUUUAUUGGGAUUUCUGGUUGCUUGGGGGUCUCUCCAUUGUACUCCGAGCACCACACGUGUUUUACUCCACCAGGGUGGGGCCAGGAAUGCGCGUGAGAACUCUGCUUCUGCCUCCGCCUCCGGCUUUUGGGAUCUCCUAUUGUUUCUUCUGGACAAACUGGAUGUUCACAGGGCGCCAGGCAUUUCAUCGCAGCCAUGAGCCUUAUAUUGCUUCUCCCUUUACAGCGAAAACAUGUCUUUCUCUAAGUCAAGAUGAGUGAUAAGCCAGAUUUGUCGGAAGUGGAGAAGUUUGACAAGUCAAAAUUGAAGAAAACUAAUACUGAAGAAAAAAAUACUCUCCCUUCUCAGGAAACUAUUCAGCAGGAGAAAGAGGCUGUCCACAAAUCAUAAAAUGGAGAUCCUCUCUCAAGAAAAAUUUCAACAUUGCCUGAGAGCCUUGGUUUUAGGCUUGUUUUUUGUAAACCUGUGUGUUUAGAGAUUUUAGGCUUCUUGUGAUGUCUUCUUACCUAUAGUUCUUGGCUAAUAAGUUAUGGGUAACCAAUGUUUUAAGUUCAUUUUAAAAUGCCCAUUGGUACAUAAAUUCUAGGUGGCAGAUGCUGUCAGUCUCAUCAUUGAAGACCUUAGUGUGUGUAGUCCUUACACCACCUACUAGAUGAGCCGAUUUUAACCUUCUACAAUGGGUGCCUCCAUUGCUUCAUAAUCUUCAUGAGAUUUCAUGCUUUUGCAGCUUCUUAUAA